CUUCCAUGUUUCGAGUCUCGCUAGCUACGGGAACAAAACAGGACACGAUCUCUAUAUUAUUUAGAGAGAGAAAGAGAGAGACAGUGUGAUGGAGGAGGAAGGGGUGGGUAAAGAAAGGGGUAGAGAUAAAGAAAACCCUAACAGCAACCAGAGCCAGAACCAAGUAAAAGGAGAAGGGUUAGGCUCUUCGAAGAAGGGAAAAUCAUGUAAAGGAUGUCUCUAUUACUCAUCCAACCUCAAAUCCAAUUCUCGCAACCCUUUUUGCCUCGGCAUCCCUCGUUCCCUUCCUCAAGUACCUCGCUACAUUGUUGGGGAAUCUGAGAUGGAAGCUUCGAAAGAGGGUAGGAGCCUGGCAGAUUUUAAAUAUGCUUGUGUUGGUUACUCAGUUUACUCAGAUGGAAAAAAUCCUUCAAUUGCUACCCCGGAAACGCAAGCAGAACUGCCAGUCUGCGUUGGCAUUGAGGUUUUAGUAGACAAAAGAGCUGUUACUGCUGAUUCCGUUCCUGCUCAUGUUCACAAUCGAGAAGAUGCUCGCGGAACACCGCGGUCUCGAACACAAAAACCAGCACAUUCUGUGGGGGAUGAGUUUCUCAACAGAUUUUCUAGAAAUGCAAGCCUUGUUGCAAUGGGGGUGGCCAAGAACAUGCGUAAAGUAGGCAAUCAGAUAAAAGACACUUUCGAUGAUAUACUUUAUCCCUACCGAAGGCGACCCAAGUAAGAUUGCUGAUCAUUCAUUGCAAGAAGAUGAAGAAAAUAACCAAGCAGCAGGAAUUAGCUUCAACCCGGUUGUUGUCAUUUGCUUUUCAUCAAUAUAAGUUAAGAUUUUGCCCCUUCUCUCUCAUAAUUUACCUGAACAAUAAUGACUCGAGAAAUGGACAUUUUUGUUAUGUUCAUUAGAAGUCUGGUUUUAAUGUUGUUGAUGUUUGGCAUGGGCAAUUGAAAGCCUGGGUUGGAGGUAGAGGUGGACAGCCUCCUUGUAUCAUGUAAGCAACUAUUUAUUUAAAUUGUUUGACAUUUGUUGUCGUUUUGCUUCUCAUCAAUAUAAGUUUAUAAGAUAUUGUCCCUUCUCUCUCAUAA